AAGCAUUGUCUACAAUACAAUAACUGCAAAUUGCAUACACUCGCACUCGCUUUCUUUUUUGCGCCUCCUGUCAGAAAAUCUCUGCUUACAAUCACUUACAAAUUUACAAUAAAAAAAUCAACCAACGUGUGUGUAUAUACCACACUUGCAAUUGCAAUGCAAUGUUUUUUCUACUGUGACACCUUAUUUAAAGCCUUUAAAGAACAUCAUUUUUAUACAACAAACAAAAUAAUACACUCUUAUAAAAACCUGACAAAAAACGUUAACGUUUAUUUCUCAUUCUCCCUAUUUAAUUGAUUUUGGAAUAUUUAUUGUAUAAAUGAUGACGUAUUAAUAAUAAUACAAUAAAAGGGAGGAAAUUAGUGAAAUUGAAUAUACUAAAUAAUGGAAUAAUAAUUCUUGACAUCAUUGAUUUUGAGAAUUUAUAAAAACAAUUUAAAAAUGAAUCCAGCAAUAAAUUGGGAAGCAGAGCAUCGUCAAACUCUUCUCCAAAGCAGGUCUGCUCUUGAAAGAUCAAAUCAAUCUGUUAUAAGAUCUCAAGUAAUUGCUCGUGAGUCGGAGCAGAUUGGAACAGAAGUAAUAACAGAAUUAGGUGAGCAACGUGAAUCUCUUCUUCGUGCGAAAGAACGACUUUCUCAAACUGAUCAAGGUCUUGAUAAAACUCAAAAAAUUAUGCGCACUAUGAAAAGAAGAAUUUUAACUAAUAAAUUUGUUUUAAUAGUAAUUAUUGUCCUGGAAAUUGCAAUUUUAGGGUUUAUAAUUUAUAUCAGGUUUUUUAAAAGGUAAAAAGUAAGUGAAAUACUUUUUUUAAGGACAAUAAUUUAUUAUUGUAAAAACCAAAUUUUCGACUAGUCCAAUCGAAAUAUUUAUUAUAGCUGUGGCAAAAGGAUAAAGUUUCGUAGGUCUUUUUCUUUAAAAACGCAGUACUUUUUUAAGUUUUAUUUUUUGUUUUUAUUAAUUAA